AUGAGGAGAGAUCAGAGAAGUCCAAAAAAGGAUCCAAUUUUGAGUUCUCAAUAUGUUGUAUGCGAGGGAAGGUACAACUGCCGUUUUGAAGCACUUGAUCGGACGCUCAGGAAUCUUAUGUCAGUUACCGAUCAACAUAAGACACAUCAACCAUUUAGUGGUAAGAUUGUUGUUCUAGGAAGUGAUUUCAGACAGAUACUUCCGGUGAUUCCGAAAGGAAGUAGACACGAUAUAUUAGCAUCCGCUAUUAACUCAUCCCAUCUGUGGUUAUUUUGUAAGGUUCUGAAACUGCAUACGAAUAUGAGACUUCUAAUGUCUUCUUCGGAUCAAGACGAAGGUGAAAUGAAAAUAUUUACUAAUUGGAUACUUGAUGUUGGAAAUGGAAAUAUUGGCUCUGUUGUUGGUGAUGAAUCAGAAGUUGAAAUUCCAGAUGAUCUAUUGAUUACAACUACUGAUGAUCCUCUCUCUCAUUUGGUAGACUUUGCAUAUCCAAAUUUGUUGCAAAACAUGUCAGAUUACAUGUAUUUUCAGAGUAGAGCAAUUCUUGCACCCACACUUAAGAGUGUCGAGAAGGUAAACGAUUUUGUCUUGACAAUCUUUUCAGGGAUGGAAAAGGAGUAUUUGAGCUCUGACACAACAUGUCAAGCUGAUGAGAAUGAAGAUGUAAAACAUGAGUGGUUCACACCAGAGUUUCUAAAUGACAUCAAAUAUUCGGGACUACUCAAUCACAAGUUGACUUUGAAGGCAGGAGUCGCUGUAAUGCUACUGCAAAACAUAGACCAGACUUCAGGUUUAUGCAACGGGACAAGAUUAAUAGUUAACAAACUUGGCAGCAACGUAAUUGGAGCGACGGUAGUGACCGGUAGAAAUAUUAGAGAUAAAGUGUACAUUCCAAGAAUGAACUUGAUCCCUUCAGAUUCAGGAUUGCCAUUUAAGUUCUAA